AAGCGGAGGCGCGCGGAACAGUCGCCGCGGCGAUUCCCGCCCAGCUCCCCUGCCCUGAGACAGCCUCCAGUGCUUCUGCUGUGUCCCAGGAAAUAAGCCUGAAGCAAGCACUCACCGUCCCUCAAGAAUGUGCCCUGACCCACCUUCCUCACCACGGUGGCAUCAGGGCCAGGCUCCUGUAACCGCCAGGCAGCGGCCCCGCCAUGUCCCAACCCCAGACCCCAGAGCAGGCACUGGACGCACCGGGGGACUGCCCCCCAGGCAGGAGAGACGAGGACGCCGGGGAGGGGAUCCAGUGCUCCCAACGCAUGCUCAGCUUCAGCGACGCCCUGCUGUCCAUCAUCGCCACCGUCAUGAUCCUGCCUGUGACCCACACGGAGAUCUCCCCAGAACAGCAGUUCGACAGAAGUGUACAGAGGCUUCUGGCAACACGGAUCGCCGUCUACCUGAUGACCUUUCUCAUCGUGACAGUGGCCUGGGCGGCACACACAAGGUUGUUCCAAGUUGUUGGGAAAACAGACGACACACUUGCCCUGCUCAACCUGGCCUGCAUGAUGACCAUCACCUUCCUGCCUUACACGUUUUCCUUAAUGGUGACCUUCCCUGACGUACCUCUGGGCAUCUUCUUGUUCUGUGUGUGUGUGAUCGCCAUCGGGGUCGUGCAGGCAUUCAUUGUGGGGUACGCAUUCCACUUCCCGCACCUGCUGAGCCUGCAGAUCCAGCGCUCUGCUCACAGGGCUCUGUACCGACGACAUGUCCUGGGCAUCGUCCUCCAAGGCCCAGCCCUGUGCUUUGCAGCAGCCAUCUUCUCUCUCUUCUUUGUCCCCUUGUCUUACCUGCUGAUGGUGGCUGUCAUCCUCCUCCCCUACGUCAGCAAGGUCACCGGCUGGUGCAGAGACAGGCUCCUGGGCCACAGGGAUCCCUCGGCUCACCCAGUGGAAGUCUUCACCUUUGACCUCCACGAGCCACUCAGCAAGGAGCGGGUGGAAGCCUUCAGCGACGGAGUCUACGCCAUCGUGGCCACACUUCUCAUCCUGGACAUCUGCGAAGACAACGUCCCGGACCCCAAGAACGUGAAGGAGAGGUUCGGCGGCAGCCUCGUGGCCGCCCUGAGCGCGACCGGGCCGCGCUUCCUGGCGUACUUCGGCUCCUUCGCCACGGUGGGACUGCUGUGGUUCGCCCACCACUCGCUCUUCCUGCAUGUGCGCAAGGCCACGCGGGCCAUGGGGCUGCUGAACACGCUCUCGCUGGCCUUCGUGGGCGGCCUCCCACUAGCCUACCAGCAGACCUCGGCCUUCGCCCGGCAGCCCCGCGAUGAGCUGGAGCGCGUGCGCGUCAGCUGCAUCAUCAUCUUCCUGGCCAGCAUCUUCCAGCUGGCCAUCUGGACCACGGCGCUGCUGCACCAGGUGGAGACGCUGCAGCCCUCGGUGUGGUUUGGCGGCCGGGAGCAUGUGCUCAUGUUCGCCAAGCUGGCCCUGUACCCCUGCGCCAGCCUGCUGGCCUUUGCCUCCACCUGCCUGCUGAGCAGGUUCAGCGUGGGCAUCUUCCACCUUAUGCAGAUCGCCGUGCCUUGCGCCUUCCUGUUGCUGCGCCUGCUCGUGGGCCUGGCCCUGGCCAGCCUGCGGGUCCUGCGGGGCCUCACCCGGCCUGAACACCCCCCGCCGGCCCCCACGGGCCAGGACGACCCACAGUCCCAGCUCCUCCCUGCCCCCUGCUAGCGGCCAGAGCCCACUCCCAGCCGUCCCCACCAGAGAUGGACCAGGGAGGACAGGACGCUGGGCAGGGGAAGCCAAGUCGCGGGCAGGCCGCAGUGGUUCUUGUGUGGCCUGAUUUUAUUUUCAUUGUGAAAUAUCAUGCUCUAUUUCAGUCCUCAAA